CUUUGCUCACUUUGCCGCAACAUGACACCGUCCCUGACACCGGACGCCUUGGAGCAUGUUGCUUCGUUCCUCGAGACGGCCGAGGCCAUGGACGCCUUCCUCAUUGCGAUGCCAGAGACCGAUCUCUCGACGGCCCUUCUGGAUCUGCGUCACCUCGCGACGGCCGUCGAGUGGCGAUACCUUUGGCCCCGCCUUCGUCUGCCCAAGGAGACGUACAAGGACUCGCAAUUGCUCGGCCUUGUGCUCUCCGCGCUGCGGCUCUAUCCGCAGGCUGGCAUCUCGGUGCACGGCAACCAGGAAUCCAACGGACUCCUGCCCAAGCUCGCGUGGCUGGGCCUCCACGACAUGACGCUCUUUCAACGCAGUAUGACGCACGCUGUCGACGCACUCACGGCGCUUGAGAUCCGCAUCGAUAGCAAGUGGACACCAGCCAUGUUCUCGCGCCUGCAAGAUGCCAUGCGCGGCCUCCGUCGGCUGCGCCAUCUCGACGUCAUCUGCCCGCGCACACCGCAGAGCGUCGAUCUCAUCGCAGCACUGGCGACAUCGCGCGCGACCAGCGUCGUGCUGACGUGCGUCACAGCCCCAAGGUGGCCAACGCCGCUCGCGAAUGAUUUUCUCGAGACGCUCACCCGCUGGCUGCAGACGUCGCCGCUGCGCCACGUGCAUUUAGUGUCAUUGACGCUCAAGCGUGCCGAUGCCGCGAACUUUGCCGCCUUUUAUGACGUCCUCUUGCAGUCACCGACGAUCACCGCGCUGACGUUGCAGACGUGCGACGUUGCCACAUACUGCCCAACUCGACUGCACACAUCGCUGCCGCCGAAUCUCACGUCGCUCAGCGUCCACAGCGACACGGUCGUCCUCGCUGGCGCGCCGCGUUUGCAGCACCUGACGAGCCUCCGAGUGUCCAUGCCCUGGAAUUGGCCACUUGCCGCACCGCCGAUGGCCGUGACGACAAUCGCGUCACUGCGCCAUCUCAACGCGCUCACGCUGAAGAACAUUGCUCUCGAUGCGAACGACAUCGCGGCACUGGCACCCGUCUUACGGCGUCUUGAGCGCCUCGUGCUCGAUAGUAACAUGGUCACUACCCGCGACGUCGCGGCAUUGGCAUCCGCGCUUGCAACGUCGACACGCCUGCGCCUUCUCAGCCUUUCGCAGCAGCGCCUUGACCACGAAGACGAGGAUGAAGCGACCUUCGAAGGCCUCAUGAACGCCUUGCCAGCGUCGCUCCGGGUCCUUAACCUCCAUGACAAUAUUAACACCCACCACGCGAUGGCUCUCGUAAAACUGCUGCCGUCCUGGAGCCUCACCGUGCUCGACCUCUCGCACAACUACAUCGACGAACGCGGCUUCGACGCGAUCGCGAGCGUACUGCCGACCCUCCUGACGCUCCAGCGCGUCAAUCUGGCGGGAAAUUUGUGGGGCUCGUACGGCAACGACGUGCUCGCACGCUUGUCCCCAACGCUGCCGUCCUUGGCGCUGCAUUACUAGUCGCUUUGGCGACGACAAAUAGAAUUCUACUUUCAUUUUGGGAGCUACAAG